AAUCCUGAGGCGACAGGAAUCGCGGAAGGUUCUUCACUCACCGAGUUCGGCUUUGCAGUGCAACACGCGCGAUUAUUCGUUUACGGUUGUGUGAUUUUUCGUCAAGUAUUGCAAGGAAACGAUAACAAAUAUAUUAUUGGAAUUAUUCUUCUCUUGCACCAAAUCUUGCAAUCCUCGCAUCGUGUGGCUAGACAACAAUAUCGAUUCGGUGGUUGUCUCAGAAAAUCAUGACGUUGUUACCCCCAACGCCGGCGCAACAGAAACGUAUAGACAAGGAACUUCCAUCUGAUCCGGAAAUGAGAAAACAAGAUAUCAAAAUGCUUCGUGAAUGGCUCUCCAAACAGUCGCAUUUGCCAAAUCACAUAGAUGACGGGCAAAACUGGGAGAGAUUCCUUUACAAUUGUAAAAAUAGUAUUGAGAGAUGUAAAUUAAUUUUAGAAAGAUACUAUGCUGUCCGAACAUCCUUACCAGAAUUUUUUGCUGCUCGUGAUCCGCUAUCUCAAGACAUUCAAGACUCAUACAAUGCAAUAAACUACUUCGUUCUGCCAUCAUUAACCGAGGAAGGAUACCGUGUCAGUAUUUUUCGAUUACGUGAGACCGACGUGGAAAAGUUCUCCUUUCAAGCAUUGGUUAGACGAGUUUUAAUGGUACUUGAUAUUCGUUUGAUGGAGGAAUUUUGCUUGUCCAAUAUUAUGAUCAUAGAUCUCGAGAGAUGUAGUAUGGCACAUUUCGCAAAGUUUAGUCCGACGCAAUCUAUCGUGAGGCGAGCAAUGUUGGCAGUGCAAGAUAGUAUGCCUUUCCGAUUAUUUAGCGUUCACUUUCUUCAUGCACCGUCAUUUAUAACUAAUAUAAUCAAUAUAUUUUAUCCAUUUUUAAAAGAAAAGUUGAUUCAAAAGUUUCAUGUUUCUAACGGUGGCGGGGAAGAAUUACAUGCUUAUAUAAACAAGGAAAUUCUUCCUAAUGAAUGGGGUGGUAAAGCAGGUACUUUUCAAGAAUUAAAUGCUACAUGGCAACAAAAAAUUGAAAAGAACAGAGAUUGGUUUCUCCGAGAUGAAAAACUGAGUCAUACAGAUGAGAAGCUUCGUUUAUUGGAAUCAAAUACAUCCUGUCUUUUAAUGGAAUUUGAAGGAAUUCAGGGUUCGUUUCGAAAAUUGAAUAUAGAUUAAUAAUAUCUUUAUUAAAAAUUUUAUAUUAUUACAUUAAAAAAACAUUUAAAUUUAAUUUUUUAAUCUAUUUAAAUUAUAAAUUACAAGUAGCAUGUAAAUUUUAACAAAUUAACGAAAAAAAUGUAAUGUUGCAUAUAAAUGGGUUGUUAGCGGUAAUGGCAAUUUUCUACUUUUAAGAAGAAAAUUUUAUAUAUACUCAUCGCAUAUAGAAUUAAAUAUUUUUGGGGUAAUAAAACAGAAAAGUUAAUCUAUUAUUGGAGAACAUAAAUGUAUGUUUUUUAAAUAAAGUAAAUAUUA